AGUGUACCGGAACAUCUUGUAAAAAGCAUAAUCUGGCAAACGCUACAAGCCGUCAACUUCUGCCACAAACACAAUUGUAUUCAUCGUGAUGUCAAGCCAGAGAAUAUUCUCAUCACCAAGCACUUGGUCAUUAAAUUGUGCGAUUUUGGAUUUGCCAGGAUAUUAACUGGACCCAGCGACUACUACACAGAUUAUGUGGCUACAAGGUGGUACCGAGCGCCAGAGCUGCUUGUGGGUGAUACCCAGUACGGCCCUCCUGUGGAUGUCUGGGCUAUUGGCUGCGUGUUUGCUGAGCUCAUAUCUGGAAUCCCUCUGUGGCCAGGCAAAUCUGACGUGGAUCAGUUAUACCUCAUCAGGAAAACUCUGGGCGAUCUUAUUCCCCGGCAUCAGCAAGUGUUCAGUACCAAUCUGUUCUUCAGUGGGGUCAGCAUUCCAGUUCCUGAAAAAACGGAGCCCCUGGAAUACAGAUUUCCAAAUAUCUCCGCUAAUGCAAUGGGACUCAUGAAGGGUUGCCUUCACAUGGACCCUGCAGAGAGACUAAAGUGUGAGCAGCUGCUGGAACACCCGUACUUUGACAGCAUCCGGGAGGAAGCGGAGGCCGCCAAGGAUCCAGAGAGAGUGAGCCGGAAACAGACCAGAUUGCACCGGAAAUACUUUCCUGGGGUACGUACAGCAACACUGCAGCAUCUCCCACAGCUUACCAACAGCAACCUCUUACCAGCCCUGGAGAGUAAGAAAUAUUACAACACCAGAAAAUUCAACUACCGCUUCCCCAACAUCUAA